ACGAUUAAAGAAGCCAGGCAGAACGUAUUUCGUUCCCGUUUUAAGGUCGAACAGUUCGACGAAUUAACCAAGAAGGUUCCUGCGUCCGAGUGGCUUUCUGAGCUCAACAGACACCUCAAACCAUCGAAAAGCUUGACUCGUGCGGACGAAGUUUUCGCUAAUGGCAUCGACAUCGGCUCGGCUAUACGUACCAUUUUUGGCCGGUAUGCAAGAUCCGAGAUAUUAGAGCAGAUUGGUUGGCUCUUCGCUGACAUUUACGGGCCACUAGUCGACGACAAGCUGCUGUCGCUUAAGUUCGGAGAAAAUUAUGCGGCGGCUGCCCGGAUCGCGCUAUGCGCCACGGAGGUGGAAAAGGCAUUCCAGCCACUGGUAGCGGCGUUGUAUGUCGUUGCUCGCUUCAGCACCGAAACGAGAAGAGCAGUGAUGGAGAAACUGCACGCCGUCGUCGACAUGGCGCGGUUGAUGACGGCCGACGCUCUCUGGAUGGACAACUACACCAAAGCGCUACUCCGGAUCAAGAUUCACAACGCGAGCCGCGACCUGUGGCCGCCGCUGAUCAUGCUGAGCCAGACCGGUCUCUCCGCAGCAUACGCCGAGUUUCCGAGCAAAUGGACGUCAUUUGUGGACACGUGGAUUAAAGUCAUAAAGCUGAGCGCUGAUCUCAAGCACCGAAACUUUGGUUAUAAUAAUUUGCCUAGUCUGCUCGUUGGCUACCAGCUCCCUUUGUUCGACUACGACUACAUCUCGAACAACGUGCUCACGUCGGUAGCUGCCCUGACAAGUCCUUUCUACUAUGCGAACGGGACCAAGUCUAUGUUCUACGCCGGCCUCGGCUUCUUCUUUGCCAAGGAGCUGAUCAGGGCCAUCGACGAUACAGGAGUGACGAUCGACCUGACCGGACGGGAAGCCGAUGUAGGUCAUAAGACGGGCGACCUUUCCGGUAACGUGAGCGACCUGUGGCUGACGGCGACAGCUAUUGCGAGCUCGCAUAACAGAUCGGCGUGCCUGAUGCCGAAGCACGCUAGCGUGUUUCCGGAGGUGCCGGCGCUGCAGAUCUCUUACGCUGCCUACAAGACUGCGCUCGGCGACAGAGAGGGGAACUUACGAGUCGCGCACCAAUACACCGAGGAUCAGAUGUUUUUCCUGACCGUGUGCUACCUGAUGUGCUCCCUGCCGGGCAAAGUCGAGCCGCCGAUGGGAGACUGCAACAAGGCCGUCAGCAGCUUCCCGGCAUUUGGUGCUGCCUUCGGAUGCGCCGACGACGCGCCCAUGAGCGCCUCCUCCAGACGGUGCCUCUACUUCUGAAUGUAUGGCACACUGGAACUAUUAGUGGCCAUGACUGG